UCAAGUUUUGGAAGUUGGAACAACGGAUCUUCUGACAAGGGCUGCUCCGGCGACGGUGAGGGCUUAUCAGUCGGCGCUCGGCGGCGAGUACCUGAUCUCUAAUCCCCGAUCAUGAAGCUCGUGAAAAUGGAUGCCCCUACACAAUACCUUCCAGAGGAGAUAAUCAGAAGCAUUCUCAGCCGACUUCCGGCGAAAUCCCUGCUCCGAUUCCAAUGUGUGAGCAAACAGUGGAAAACUACCAUCAAGACUCCGUCUUUCAUCGCAGACCACCUUCGUCAUCAAUCCCCUUGUCCUCUUAUACCAGGUAAAGACGGUCUACAUUUACUGGACUGUGAAAUGCAGGUGCCAAAACUGCUGGUGCUACUUUCGGAAAUUGAGCUUGAGUCUGCUAGCAUCGUGGGUUCCUGCAAUGGCUUGCUCUGUUUGGAAACCGUAAUGGAUCCUCCCGCUUUUUUGCUGUGGAAUCCAGUGAUUCGGGAGCUCCGGUGGACUCCCAGGGCUAAUGGUGCUGGUAAGGGUAUGAUUAAAGCAGGGUUUGGAUUCAGUCCCAUUAUUAAUGAUUACAAGAUAGUGGUUGUUUGCAUUGAGAGGUUUCCUCUUUGGGUUGCCCAUGUAGAAGUGUAUUCAUUAACCUCAGGCUCAUGGAAAGUAGUAGUAGUAGAACAUGAGAUCUUAAAGGGCAUCUGUCUAAAGAGCUCAAGUGUGAGUGCAAACGGAGUUGUGGUUUGGCAUGGGGCGAAGGGUAAUGCCGAUAUGAUAGUUUUGUUAGACAUAGCAUUGGAAUCGUUCACAUUAAUUCCUUGGCCAACCAUUUCACAACCCAAUUGCUCUUAUAGACUUGUGGUUUACGAAAACAAACUCGCUAUGCUUAUUAAACAUCGGUCAUUUGAAUGCUUGGAUUUGUGGGUGAUGGACGAGGCAGGUUCAGAUAGUGAGAGAUGGAGUUGGACUAAGAAAUACAACAUCCCCUUUCCCUCCGACGCAUAUCCCUUGAUGAUUUGGAAGAAUGAAAUUGUGUGCUAUGUGAUCGAAGCUGCUGAUUUUGUGAAAUUCCGAAUUGCUCUCUUCAACGUCACUACUAGUGAGCUCAAAAUGACUGUUAUGCGUGGCUUUGAGUGUGAUGAACCAAAACUCACUCUUAUAUCUGCAUGCUCUAUUAUUCCUGCUAAUGAACUUAUGAAGCCUGUUGCCUUCGUGGAAUUUAAGCAGGAAUCUGAAGUGAAGAAAAAGAAUAGAAGAAAGGGAAGAAAUGAAGGCGUAGCUAUAGGGACCUAUACUGGAGGGUCGAUUCCUUUUUCUGAACAACUUACCCGAUUGGCCGAAAAAUCUGAAGCUCCAAUAACAGUGGUUGAUGCUUUCAAGCACACCAAGACGAAGAAACAUGAUGGUACGACAUGGAUAGAUCUAGAAAAUGCACAACUUGAGGCUGAUUUUGUACAAUUGAAACAAAUGGCUGAGGAGUCAGGCCUUAAAGUCACGGAUCAGGAGAUUUGGUUUGAGGUAGUUGGUGGCUUUGAUCAAAAAAAUAGGAUUAAGGGAGUCGGAGAUCUUGCCGAUCAAAUGAAACCCCUUAAACCUAGAUAUCAAGGCAGAAGAAAGAGUACUAGUGAUAUUUCAGAGAUUGAGCGGCUGAGAGCGGAGAAUGAGGUCAUGAAGGCAAGGUUGGAUAAGAUUGAGUUCACAGUUGCUGAACAAAUUCAAAGAAUGUGUGGUGGAAAUCUUCCGACACCUCGAGACCCUGACGAUGGAAUUGAGGUAGAUUUUGGUUCUGAUAUCUGUUUGUAUGGUGUCCCAUUCCCGUACCUGAAUGAAAUGGAGAGUAUUUAUGGGAAGGACUAUGCUACUGGAAAGUCUGCCGAGGGCUUUGUUGAAGCCGUUGAGAACUUGGAAAAAGAACCUACUGUACCACUUAGCCUCGAAUCUAGUGAUGAGGAUGUUGCUGCUAAUGGAUCUUCCACCCCCCUAAUGUUGCUGAAAAGAAGAAGAAAGAGUCUUGAUACCGCUAAGGGAUCACGAACUUCUGAAUUUACCAAGUUUGAAAACUUUGCGGAUAAUAUGAAUGUUCAUCUUUCUGCAGUGGCGAAUGCCAUGAAAAGAGCUGAAUUUACCAUGUUAACACUUAGAAUGCCCUAGUGUAUGCGAAGAAGGAGCACGAUGCCUCUAUAGCACCAAAAUGUUUGUCGCAUUACGUAAAAUGAAAUGAAAGCCCAAAUUUUUCUAUUCAUUUAAUUGAAAGAUUGGUAUAAAAUAAAAAAUAAACUUAUAUAUUUAAAAACUAAUGGAAAGCUUAUAUAUAAAAAAGAGAAUAAGAAUAUUUUAUUUUACCAAAUAUUCAACCAAUCGAAAAAAAUAAACAAAAGUUCAUGUGAUUU